AUGAGAAAAUCAUCUAACUUUAAGCCCAUGCAUUUCUAAGAUCAGGAGCUAUCUACUCUUUCCCCAAAGCAACUCAUUCCAUACGAGACAAAUUUAUCUUAAAAUGAUAUUAGAGUUGAAAGAGUAGGUAUAAAUUAAAGACACAGAGUGAACAGAUUGAUAAAAGAAAAACAUAACUAUAACUUUAUCAGAGCAAGCAUUGAAACCCCGAGACUUGAAAAAGCAAGUGAAAAAAACCAGCAUUUUAUAAAAUCGCCUUUAUCUUAUCGGCAAAACAAUUACAACAGUCUUAGUAUUUCGCAGAAUCUUGAUAAAAAACUAAAUUUACCAUAAAAUCCAAGUAAUAGUCUUAAUUUUGCAUCAGCAAACUCCCAAUAAAAUACUAAAAUGGAAACUACAUUUUCUGAUUCUAAAGGAUUUUCAAAUGCCAACUCAAAUCUGUUCAACCAAUUGACAAAUUGA